AUGGCCUUAUCCCGAGGGUUAUCUCAAUAUCUUGUCUAUGUUUUUGGCUUGGUCGCGUGCUUGUUGUUGCAAGGAGCUGUUGCGGAAAAGAAUGGCGCUGCUGGUGACCUUGGAAGUAGAAAGGCGGGUUAUGUUUAUGGACAGCCUAUGCCGGUUACUUGUUUGAAUCGGACAAUUGACUCCGGCGAACAUAUAACAGACAGCCUCGGAAAACUUCAAUAUAUCCCCUUCCCAACCUGCAACGAAACCUUCCUCCCCCUCGCCCUCCGCUACGGCGUCCCAGAAACAGUCAACUGCACCGUUGACUCCCUCCCCGAUGAACUCUACCACCUCCUUGAAUACUACGUCCACUCGGAUGUACCGAUGACAUGUCGCGUACCGACUGCUCCACUUACACCAUUCGCUGCGUCGUCAGAACAAGAUGUCAAAGAAAAAGAGAACGGAGGAGGGACUGAUUUGGAUACUGGGGAGCCGUCAUAUACUCCGUUGACUUUUGCAUUGCAGGGGACUCUGCAGCGCAGUCAUUUGCAUAUCUGGACGGAUAUGAACGUGCUCGCGCACAGUAUACCAUCGAUACCUAACCCGUCGGCGAAUAAGAAGAGCAAGAAGAAGGCGCAGAAAGCGGCGCCGGGGUAUGUCGUUGCAGGAACGGCGUACUCGAUCCCGGAAUUCCACUCUGCCGAUCUUGAUAACCAAAAGUCUUUUUCUUCGUCAAGCAAAGAGAAAGAGAAGGAAACUACCAUUGCAAUCUCAGAAGCUGCACGCGAUCCCUGGACUGCUGGCCACGGCACCAAAGUGAUUCGCGGUGAGCCGCUCACCUUCACUUUCCAUGUCCACUGGGUUGAAGGCGGAAGGGGAAUCGGAUGGCCGUCCGGAUCGACGUCAUUGAUUCCGUCGUCAGCGCCUGUUGAGGAGUCAUCCGGUGCGGGUGCUCUCUUCUCCAGAUUGUUCUUCUUCGGCCUGGCUGGCUCUGUGGGCGCCAUGGCCGCGUUGUACUGGGAGCGGAACGGCGGUCGUCGACGUGGUUGGAAAGGCGAUGGGAUUCUAGGCGUCCCGCCUCCCUCUUCCCGUGCUAAGGGCCCUGCCGGGAUCGUUUACGGGAAUAGCGGACGGAUGAAUGGGUAUGGAGGUUUUUUGGCUGCUGGUGGCUCUUCUGGGACCGGAGGUACUGGGUAUGGGGGGUUUUCGACUGGGAAGAGAGAUUGA